AUUAUAUGUCUUUGCGCAAUCAGGUUCUUUACUUUGAUUUCUGAACAAUACAAGUAAGCCGUCUGAAUUUAAAAGAACACUACUUGUCCUUCAGAUAGCUAAGCCAGCAAGCAUGGCGUCAGAGUUAUGGCUGAAAGCUUUGUCACUGUUAAUGGCUAUCCUCGUAUGUGAACGUAAGUGAACAAUUAAUGCUUCCUGAAUAAGUGAGUCAAUUCAUAAUGAUGCUUUAUUUGACUUUAUGGGCUCUUUUGGGGAACGUAGAUGGAAUUUAAAAAAUAAUAAUAAUAAUAAGAAGAUUAGUUGUACAAAGGGAAUAAUGGCGAUGAAAACCCCGUGAUUACUGAAGAGUCUUACAAAGAAGUUGUAUUCAUAUACCAAUGUGGUUUAUCUUAAGGUAUUAGUAAUCACUUCAAUCACCACUCUUUUGUAGAUUAUUUUUUCUUUAACUCGCUAUUAGCGAACCGAGAUGAGUGGCAGGUGUGUUGUACAAGAUGAUAUAUAUGAAUAUUUUUCCGUGUUUUUUUUCAAGAAGACUUCAAGCUAGAAAAUCUAGUCUCUGGUACAUAUUCAUGUAUUCUUCAGUCACAUCAUAACAUGUUGAAGUUUGAAAACUUCAGUUCUCGUGAUUAUGAGACAUGACGUCAUUAUUUGGAUAAGAUCAAGCCACUUUGUAUAUUAUUAUUAUCUCUUCUGUCACAGUCUUUGCUGGUGUCCUUCUUGCGCAUUAGGGGCGCAUACCAUGCACCCGGAGCAUCAGUCACUCAAGAAAAGUCAAUCGUUCUGUCCAUACACUAAGCACCCUUCUGAGGAUUCGCGCAGCUCCCAGCAUGCAGAUCUUUUGGAUUUCUGUCAAAGUAGCUCUCUCUGAUACUUUAUUUCUUUUAUUAUUUUAUUUUUUUUCUGACUAGUGGAGGGAUCCAGUCAGUCACCAUGUCCAACGUCACCUAGUAUUUGUUUUCAACCUGCAAUAAGAGGUUUCUGCAGAGCCUAUUUUCGUCGAUAUUAUUUUGAUUCAAAAAGUGGCAAGUGCAAAAUGUUUAUUUAUGGAGGUUGCAGUGGAAAUCGAAACAACUUUAGAGACAAGAAGAGCUGCGACCAAAGAUGUGCAGGUAAAACCGACUGCCAUUCAAUAGGGCGCUUAUAGUUAAAAGCAACCAACGAAACCACAUAGGAGUAUUUAGGUUUAUUUAUGUUCCUUAAAAAAAGUAAAAUUUGAAUUAUAACACGAAUCAUUACUCCAUUUCAGUUUCCUCAAUAUGUUUGUCAUUGCACCCCCAUAGUGCCUUCGUCAGGUAAUAUAAUAUGCCGUUAACAUCCACAGCAAUAUGCCCCUACACUCCUACAACCGCGCCGACAAGACCAAGGCCCAAAAUAUGCCCGGCUAUCUUGCGUGGCCUAUGUACCCUUCCUCCAGUUAAAGGACCUUGUAGGGCCCGCAAGAAACGAUUUUACUAUGAUCAACGAACCAAUCAGUGCAGGAUGUUCAUUUAUGGUGGCUGCAGGGGAAAUGGAAAUAACUUUAAAACAAAGAAGAGAUGCAGGCAAAGUUGCCCAAGUGAGAAUACUGGUUAUGAUUAUGAUAAUGGUUAUCCUUUUGAUUAGCAUUACGACAACGAUUACUUUGAUGACGAUGAUGAUGAUGAUGAUGAUGAUGAUAUUAUUAUUAUUAUUAUUAUUAUUAUUAUUAUUGUUGUUGUUGUUGUUGUUGUUUUGCGUAUAUCACAGCCUCAUUCCUCGAUGCCAAUUAUAUCAUUUAAAAUUAUUUAGGCAUAAAAUCUGACACUUCCAAAAGCAACCUUUGGGGUCGUUCCUUAUUUAGUUUAUAUAUACUCAAUAUUGAAAGCUCUAUUUAACAAUUAUUCCAGGAGGGCGCGUUGGAUAUGAGAUGAUAGUAGCCAACGAGGCGCGUAGCGCCGAGUUGGCUAUAAUCAUCUCAUAUCCAACAAGCGCAAGUGGAAUAAUUGUUUUAUUAAAAACGCCCAAAAAAUCUCGCUAGAACAAACCGGAAAAGACAAGGGACUUUCGCUAUUCACAUGUCACACGUCUAUCAAAACUGUCAACGCGCGAACGGACUCGCCUGGACUGCAUGAAUGAUAAAUCAAAACAUUGAUAAACAUUAGUUUUUUAAAAACUCAUCGGGAUUCUAGGAUUUUACACAGCAGAACAGCUAAAAAAACCUGGCAGAUAAUGUGAAGGAAAAGAAUUUGUAAGUCACAGCCGUCGAAAUUACUGUGAAUUUGGAUUUUCGGUGCAGUUAUAAAAGUAAGAACAACGGAGAAAAACUAUUACCUCGGUCGCUUGUUAUGAAGUUGUUUGAAGCCACAAGCUGGUUCUGUUCAACGAGAAAAAAAGCUAUACUGCCGCCUCGAUUGCUCUAGUGAAUGGCUGCAUAGCCUGUAUUUGUAGCUGGUUACUUGUGAUUUAUAUUCUUGAUGUCGGAUAAACAAGCCACAGUUAUCUAUCGGCGAAGGGCUUCGCGAUCAUGAAGAAACAACACUUGUCUUCUUUCGUAGCUGGUCAAGCUACUUUAGUUCCACGUGUUUUUAUGUGUUUUUCGACAAACUUUCAAACAAGCUCUUGUAGUUUUUUUGUUUGUGUUUGUCUUUUUUCUAUCGAUGAAAGUGCAUUUCUAGUAUUCUAAGAAAUGAAUUAAAACGAUUUGCUUCGGGCGCCGUUCUAUCCUUCGCGAAAAAAAUCUCAGCUAUUGUAGCUUCCAAUGUUAAACUGACGCGUAAACCCACCAUAUAUGGAGAGCAUGGUAUAAUAGCUCAUAUACCAUAAUGGCUAAGCCAAUCAAAAUGCUAGAAUUGCAUUAUCCAAUGAUUCAGUUUUUAAAAAUUAUCAUUAUACCUUAUCUUAUUUCUUAGUUAUUGUCUCAGUUACAUGUAAGACAGUAAUAUAACAGUCUUAGGAUAAACAGUAAUAACAUCAUCAGCUUUUAUUUGUAAACAAGCACUGCCUACAUGGAAACCCGCCUAGUUGGUUGGGGCCAGAGUGUUCCGUUUGUGAUUUGAGUUAAUUAAAUAUUAUGUACUAACCUAUCUGCCUACCAUCUACCUACCUACCUCUAACCUAUUAUAAAUAUUUUUGUUACUGACAUAUGCAUGUCAAUAAGUCAUUUUCCCUUGAUUUCAUGAUUGUUUUCUGCGAUUAAUUUUUCGUCAGCCAUUGUUAUUGUAUAUUAGGAUGCAUGCGACAAAUUUUAACUUUUUCACUUUUUUUGAAGAUAAAUGUUUUCGAAGAAAAUGGCCGAAAGGAGGGCGUGGACCAGGUGGAUGAAGUCGGAGAGGCCGAAAUCGAAUGCGUUAUUGGG